AUGAAUCAAGGUUACACACAGCUUUCCGCACCGGAACUGAAGGAGACUAAAACAUCGAAGCUAAAUAAAAUGAACAACUUUCGAAGCUCUCCGAUUGCUGAGAUAAUUAAUAAGAUACCACCAGAUUGCGGGAAGAUACAGAAUACAACAUUUCCUGAGUUCAAUCCAGCGUUAAGAAGACGACAACACGAACAGUGGCCUGCAUACGAAAAACCAAUAAGAGUUACUGACAGUAUGUCACCACAGCUUUCUUCAAUCAAUUGUUUGCCAAAUUUGUAUCCCCACGGUACGCUACCAUUACCAAACCCUUAUUUAUCCUAUUUAAAUCACAUUGAAAAAGUUAAUUGCCAAGAUGUCAAGUUUAGUAACUGGAGUGUUUUACAUAAUUCGAAUAAUGGAUUUGAAAUUCCGACAUAUUUCAGUCCACGGACAACACAAAACAUGCCUUGUUCCGAAAAAGUUGAAAGCUGGCUUGAAAGAUUACCAAUUUUUGUGGGGUUCGACGGUUAUUUAUUUACAAACUGCUUUGAUUAUGAAUAUAUGUUGGAUUGGGAAGAGACAGAAUUUACAUUCGAGAAAACAUCAUGUAUGGAGACGGAUUAUUCUAAAGCUUUAACCGAUACUGAUAUUAUAUAUAUUCAAGAGAAAAAAAUUGAAGCGUUGAUAAGAAACCAAUAUCUGAAGGAGUAUGAAUUUUCUCAAAAAGAUUUUUGA